UUUGGGUGUUGGGUCAAAAUGCUAACAUGAGAACCUAACAUGGAAUUUAGAAAAUGUAUUUGAUUGUAUGCAGGACUUCCUGAACAGCAGAGAAUGUUUAAGUUGCAGUUUACUCAAAAGGGCUGAUAAACAUGAAGAUCAGUUAACAGUUUCAGAUUCAGAAUCCAUUUUUGGGAGAACAUGAAAACUGUUAUUCUGUAAAACCACCGAGGAAAUAACUGUUACUGUGCUUAGUGCUUCAAUGGUUGCAGAUCUGAAUUGCCAGUGUAGCAGAGAAAUCAGGCCCAGUCUAGGAAAGGAUUGAAUGAAUAGCUGAUCAUCUCAGUCCAUCGCUUGUGACGAAAAAAAAUGAAUGGAGACAUAUACAGUUCUGAGGUGACAGCAGGUCCCAGUUCAGUACGCAUACGAGGACAACCAGUAGCACCUCCAUGGUUCCAUGUUUUAAGGAUUCAAUCAGGGAUUGCUAUGGCGCCAUUUACUGGAAAUCGCAUUAUUAUCAUUUGAAUGCUACUUCUCUGAAUAACCCUAAUAGCCAGAUGAUGAGUAAUCUCGGAUUCCAUUGUCAGAUUAACCUCAGAGCUCAAGGUCCCUUCUUGUACUAGACGCAAGGUCGGCAUCGAUUCAUGGCAGGGACAGAUAGGGGACGUAGGGCACUUAAACCCAGAAUUUUCCCUCCAAAUAUUCCGUUGUCAGAUCGAUCUCAGAUCUUCAAGGACUUUUUUCCAUUCCCAUGUGGCCAUGUCUCCAGCUGCAAAGAUUGAAGACUGUCACCACCGUCCUCCCUGCCUGUAUAGUACAAUUAGGGUUCGAGGGUGUGAGCUGGUGAAAUACUUGCGCAUUGGAACCUAAUCUUCAACGCUUUUACAGUACAGAGAAUGGUAAGUCUGCAAUCCAACGAACCCAGAAAUCUACCAUUCACAGUUCGUCAAAUGGGUGAAUUUUGUGGUGACCCAUAAGAAUCAUAACCUGUUUUGUUCAGGGAUUAGGAAUCCACCCUCAGGUUUUCUAGGCAAAUUUUCAUUGUUUGUGUGUGAAAAACUAUGAAAUAGCUUAAUCAAUGUAAGAAAUCUUCUGGGGUCAGGGGAUAAGAUGGUCCGGUCGAGGAAAACGAUAAUGAGCAAUCGAUGUCAGAGGAGAGGACAUAACAUCUCUGAGGGGACUUCGUGAUGUGUUGGGUUCUGGAGCCAUUGCCUCCGUAAGUGUUUUAUAACGCAAUUCAUUAUUGAAGAAUAAUACUCAUCGCUGUCAUUUCAUGACCCCAUUGUGUGUCAAGAGUCUCAACAAGAUAAGGUUAGUUCUAUGUGAGAAUUCAAUCAAUCAAUUAAUUAAUUUUGGAUUCAAUUCUCACCGAAAGUUUAUGAAGUGGUUUGUCGGCAAUGGGUGGAGGAUGGUCUCUGCAUAAGAGAGUUAAAAGAGUUGGAUUUUGGAUUCAAUUCUCACCGAAAGUUUAUGAAGUGGUUUGUCGGCAAUGGGUGGAGGAUGGUCUCUGCAGAAGAGAGUUAAAAGAGUUGAAUUUUGGAUCCUUAAACCAAUCUUAGCAUUUUAAGAGGAUCCAGAGAUGUUGAGGUUGUUGAAGUUGAGUAAUGCAGUUUAGGACAAGACUAGUCAACGUUAGUUCUAAAUGUCUCUAACUAUCUAAAGAUUAGAGGAUUAAUGGGCUUCUUCCAUCAUUUCUGUUCUCUGUUUUGAUCUAUUGGGGAAAAAAUGAAAUGACUUCCAAGUAUCCGAUAGACUUGACUCUUUGGAGACCUGGCAGAAACCAAUAUCGUUUCUUGGUCUAUCAUGUAAAAAGAUGUCUUGUAUUCUGUUGCUUACAUAAAUGGGCUGAUUCUGAAAGACUGUUAAGAGGCUGAAGGACUGAAGGACCGAAGGGCCUUCCUUGAGUUGUUGUAACCUUAUUCCCAUUGAUAGUAAAGCAGAUCUCAUCUUACCAUGGACAUAGGUUUUCAUUUUCAAAGGAUGGACCAUGAGAUGACAAUGACAUAAAUGGCGAACUUCCAAGUAGAGCAUAUUCACUGGCCAUUUGAUGGGUCCUGCCAAGGGUAUAUGACAAUUCGAGUAGCAGCAACAGCAACACAACAGGUUAAGAAUACCUUCAGGAUCACAACCAUGGUGGAGCCAGGUCAGGGGGAAGCUGCACCCCCUACUUCCAAUAUGUCUACCAAGAAGAAAGAGCUCCUCUCCACUGCUAUGAAGAGAACUAGUGACUGGAUUUUCUCCCAAGAGAUCCCAAGUGAUGUCACAAUUCACGCAGGUGGAUCGUCUUUCUCGUUGCACAAGUUCCCAUUGGUCUCGAAGUGUGGAUACAUAAGGAAAAUAGUCUCGGAAGCUAGUGAUGCUGAUGUCUCUGUCAUUGAAAUCACUGAUGUUCCAGGUGGGGCAGAAGCUUUCGAAUUGGCAGCCAAAUUCUGUUAUGGUAUAAACUUCGAGAUAAGUUCAGAGAACAUUGCCAUGCUUAGAUGCGUGGCAGAGUACCUUGAGAUGACGGAGGACUACGCAGUUGGGAACCUAGUGAGUAGAACAGAGGACUACUUCAGUGAAGUGACACUGAAUAGCCUUGCAGGGGCCAUCUCUGUUUUGCAUCAAUCUGAAAAUCUCUUUCCUAUGGCAGAGAAGGUAAAAUUGGUUGGCCGAUGCAUAGAUGCUGUGGCUUACAUAGCCUGCAAGAAUAGCCAAUUCAGUCUUCUGGGUAGAACUGAAAAUAGGCUUGAGAGUGUUAAUUCUUCAUCUGCAGCUCACCUUAAAACCAUUGUAGAUUGGUGGGCUGAAGACCUUACUAUUCUCAGAAUUGAUAUUUUUCAACGGGUUCUCAUCGCAAUUUUGGCAAGAGGCUUUAAAAAAUAUGCACUUGGUCCAGUACUCAUGCUUUACGCACAGAAAUCUCUCCGAGGUUUGGAAAUAUUUGGAAAGGGCAGAAAGAACAUUGAACCAAACCAGGAACAUGAGAAGAGGAUCAUUCUGGAGACAAUUGUGAGUCUUUUGCCAAGUGAGAAGAAUGCAAUGUCUGUUAGCUUUCUCUCCAUGCUGUUACGUGCAGCAAUAUAUCUUGAGACAACAGUUGCUUGCAGGCUUGAUUUGGAGAAAAGGAUGGGUCUGCAACUCGGUCAGGCAGUGCUGGAUGAUCUAUUGAUACCAUCCUUCUCCUUCGCUGGGGAUACAUUGUUUGAUGUUGACACAGUGCGGCAGAUCCUGAUGAAUUACAUAGAAUAUGGAGUGGAUAGCACCCGCUCAUGUUAUAAUGUGGAUGAUGAGUAUGUCUCCCCUCCUACCAGUGACUUAGAGUGGGUUGGAAAAUUAAUGGAGAGCUACCUAGCUGAAAUAGCUUCAGAUCGCAACUUAUCUGUUUCAAGAUUCAUCAGUCUUGCCGAGUUGAUUCCAGAACAAGCAAGGAUAACAGAAGAUGGCAUGUACAGAGCCAUAGAUAUCUACUUGAAGACUCAUCCUGCUUUGAGUGAAAUGGAGAGAAAGAAGGUUUGCAGCUUGAUGGACUGCCAGAAGCUGUCAAGGGAGGCCUGUGCCCAUGUGGCUCAGAAUGACCGGCUACCUGUUCAGACUGUGGUUCAAGUGCUAUACUAUGAGCAACAACGCCUUCGAGAUGUCAUGAAUGGCAGCGGCAUGGGUGAAGAAUCUCCUGGUCUGACCCAUAAAUUAAAUUUGUUUCCCUCAGAUUACCAUCCAGCGCAUGAUGAGCUCUCAAGAUUAAGGAGAGAAAAUGAGGAGCUGAAAAUAGAGCUGGUGAGGAUGCAAAUGCGGUUAAAAGAACUUGAGAAAUCGGUCACAAGUACUCCAUCGAGGAUCACUCCAUCGGCUAAUAAGCCCCCAUUGCCUCGAAAGUCAUUUAUCAACUCUAUGUCGAAAAAACUUGGGCGGCUGUCUUCAUUUGUGCAGAUGGAUGGAGUCAAGCCUUCUGAUUCCAAAAGUCGAACAAAGCCCAGCAGAGAUCGACGACAUUCCAUCUCCUAAUCUAUCUAUCUACCUAUUAUGCACUAUGUAUUGAAUUCUGUCGCUAUAGUAUUUUUUUAAUGAUUGAUAGAGGAGUAGCUUUCUGUUUCUUGUACUUCAGUUAGGGAAAUAUUUUGUAAAUAAUUUUAUCACUCCAUGUCGAGAAACUAUCAAGAAAUUUCCAAUUAUUGAAGGGAAAAAAAAAUCUUCUUGUUAUUUGGCA